AUGGAGAAGAGGGGGCCGGACCAAAGUUUGAUGGAAGAUGCAGCAGCCACGGAGGUGGUUGUGCUCGCUGAGUGGGUGAGACAUGGCGUGGCGGAGGAAAGAGGCCAGGCAGUACUGGCGGCACUGGUGCCGCACCUGUCCGGCGGCAGCGAUGGUGGCGAUGAUGUCGAACGGUACCAAGACGACGACAGCCCAUCGCCGGCUGAGUUCCAGGCUGUGCAGCGGUUGAUGCUGUGGCUCUUUGCCGAUACGACUCCGCGCGGCUGCCUGGCCUUUCUUCUCAAGGAGCUGCCCUGCGCCACCAGCCCCGCACCGGCCCAACUGGGCUGCCACACGGCCACGUCACUGAUGAUGACGAAGGAGGAGGUGUUCGCGGCGCUGGCACCGGUCGUGCUUCAGCGCUUCAUCGCGGGCGUCCAUGCACGCUCAUCGCCCCACGGGCAUCAUCGGCUGUGCGUUGUCAAGCAGGAGUGGGUCACCGCCAUGUGGCAGCUCAUCGAGCGCGCUCUGCCCAUGGCCGCUGCGCACCGCCACACCCAGCAGCAGCAGCAGCAGCAGCAGUCGCACAGUCGCAGCAGAGACCCGAGGCCUGAAAGCAAUGGUAAGUGGCAAUCGGGUCCCGAGUUCAACGGCUAUCACUGCGCCAUCCUGGUCGAGCGCGUACUACACCAGGACGACCCCGAGCUGAUCUAUGCUGGCAUGAGUUGGGUGAAAGCUUUAGACAAGUCUGGCUUCACUGCCCCCAAACCGCUGGCCGACUGCCUGAUGCAGCUCACCCACCACGAGAACCAGGACGUGCGCCAGACCCUGGCGCGCCGCCUUCCCUGGAUCGGUCUACCGUUGGAGUCCUAUCACAGCAGGCUGUGGUCUAUGGCGGUAGAGGACCCCGCGCCUGGCGUGCGCUACGAGGCAUUUGUCGCCCUUACUGACGUGCUGCACUCCGAAGAGCACGUCAAUCCGCCCCCGGACCGCACUCCACUGCUUCUUCUCGAAUGGCUCGAGCGCGAAAUCGACGCGGACGUGCUGGUCGGGGCAUCGACUAUCUUCUCGUUGAUCUUCAACGCCGAGCUGUUCGACGGCUGGCAACACCUUCCUCGGUUGGCGCGGGCCUUCAUCAAGCAGGUCAAGCUCCCAGAGCCGAGCGUGCCGUCUCUGGUGUGGUUGGCCACAGACUGCCUCUCGAAGCACUGGGACGCGUUGAAGAGCGACGCGCUCGAGCGCUUGCCCAAAGAGCUGCACGGCAGCGUAGCCCAGGCCGUGCGACAGCAGGCACGCAACGACGUGAGGAAGCAGGAAGGCGUAACACCGCCGUCGUUUCGGGACGUCUGUUUCAGCUGCCUCGAGUUCUUGAGCGCUCACCCCUCGGGGCUGGCGGAGCUGCAGGCGAGAGUGUUCGAGAUGCUGCUUCCGUCCAACACCUGGAGAGCUCGUCAGACCUGCGCCGCGGAGGUUUGCCAGGUCGCACUCACUGAGGCGAUCGCCGGGCUAUCCGACCCUCAGAUGGAGAUCAGGGCGGCCUGCUGCACACUGCUAAUCGAUGUGCUGCCAAACGCGGGCGACUUCCCAGGCCACCGGAUCACCGCGGUGGCCAACGCCCUGUGCCGCCUCAUUCGCGACUCCCACCUGCGGGUGGCCACGCAGGCUCUAUGCGCACUGGGCACACUCUUGGAUUGCCAUGACCAGCACCUGGACCAACACCUACAGGCCGAGAUCUUUACUGAAUGUCUGGACCUGUGGGAAACCCAUCCGGGCUGUCAAGUGUCCAGCCUGCUGCAUGGCUUGGUUACUCGCUGGAGGCUGCUGACAUCCGCGGGCAUGGCCCCACUGCUGGCCAGGGGAGUCAAGCUUCUGUCCACCGAAACGCUGUCGGCCGAGGUCACCGGCGUCUAUGCCAGGUGUGAGCUGGUGGAGGAUCUCGCCUCGCUCCUCAUCCACUCGCGCGCUGUCCUGCCAGCUGCGCUGAUCAAGGUCGUUGCGCGGAACUGUGUGACGGUCCUUGCUCGCUCUCUCCCGCUCGACGAUGAGUUGCCGGUGGCGAAGCCCCUCGUAAGCCUCUUGCUUCUGCUCAUCAAGAAAGACAAAGGCGGAGAUUUGGAGUGGCUGCUGGCUCGGGAGGCCGGCUUCAACGACCAGUACUGGGACAGGGAGACGGUCAUCGGCCUCUUGAGACGGGCCAUUGACCAAUACCCCGCCCGCGCAGAGCAGCUCGCACAGGACGUGCUGCCGUCGAUCGUCGCUAGACUCCGCGCUGGCCUAUCCUCACACGAGUCUGAGCACGGCUUCUUCAAACUCGUCGGCCAGCUGGCGCUCAAGUUUCCGACCCCACUGGAGCCGUGGGCGCUACCUCUGUCGGUUGCGCUGGUGACGGCUGAUGGUCGGUCGGGCGCAAAGUUGCGGCACUACCUGCCCUUCGUGCUGCUGCUCGGCCGCGACCACGCGUCGCAGGUCGACCCGAGCGCGAUCGUACUGGCCAAGGCCGAGAGCCUGGCCAACCUGCUACUGGUCGCGCUGCAGGCUGAGGCGGUCCCGGGCGUCAACCGGGUGAAGGCCCUGUGCCUGCUGGCUGCAUUCGUGAGCGAGCACCUGGCCCAGGACGGUGAUAAGGAAACGAUCGACGCCGACGACACGGAAGAUGAUGAUGGCGAAGAUGAAGAAGAAGCCGAAGCGGUGGAGGCUGAGGAGGAUGGUGAUGAGGCCAAUGAUGAUGGUGAUGCGGAUGACGACGCUGCGGGUGAAGGCGACGGUCUUGACGAAGCCGCCAAAGACGAAUACGAGGAAGAAGAGGAAGGCGAAGAAGUCGUAGAGGAAGAGGAAGAGGAAGAGGAAGAGGAAGAGGAAGAGGAAGAGGAAGAAGGCGAAGAUGAAGAUGAAGAUGAAGAUGUAGAGGACGGCGAGUGGUACAACGAGGAGAGCGACGGGGACGACUACUAUUUGGCCCGGAUGACCGAAGCCGACUUCACAGAGUUCGUGGCGGCCACGCUGGAGCCUGGACUGCGGGCCAAGGUGGCCGCUGCUGUGACGGCCCUGCUGACCAGCUACGGUCAGUUGAGAGACGCAGAGACGAAGGAGACGGUGGCGGCCCAGUGGAAGGCCCACACCGCUGGUGCGCCGGGCCGGAGAAAUGCCGUGCGGGGGCUGCUGCGCGCCGUCGCUCCCGCAGAGGUGCUCAACGACCGCGACCACCCCAUGGCCUCAAUCUGGGCCGCACAAGAUUAA